GACUGUACAGGACCAAUCCACGAACACUACUGUCGUUGUCGUCAAAGUCAUAACCGUCAAGAAAAAUGGGAAAAGUUCACGGAUCUCUUGCCCGUGCCGGCAAAGUCAAGUCUCAGACCCCCAAGGUCGAAAAGCAGGAGAAGAAGAAGACCCCCAAAGGCCGUGCUAAGAAGAGGAUCCUGUAUAAUCGCCGCUUCGUGAACGUCACCACCCUCCCAGGAGGAAAGCGGAGAAUGAACCCCAACCCAGAGAAAUAAAAUCGUGCAUUCUCCAUGACAUUAUUUUGGCUGGCGCGCAACGCCUGUGCAGGAGAAUUAUCACUCCAAGGGACUGGCAUUGGGGACUGAGUCCGGUUCCGGUUAUUAUUUCACUGUAUUCGCACCGUCUGCAUCAUGCUAUCUCUCGCCUAUACUCGCCAUGUCCAAUAUCAUCUAUGUGUUAGGACAACGUUC